GGGUCCGCUCACAUUCACAAUACCGAAGUCAGUGUCGCUCGAGACUUCGUGGGAGGUGGUUGUGCUCGCGAAUUUUUGCCGAAAGCCGGCAACCGCGUGUGCGAUAGAUUUAAAACGAAAGUGACUAUCGAUAUUCGACUCACAUAUUUAACCUUACGAAGUGAAGUUUAAAAACAUGUGUGUUUAAAUGUUCUAGUGUAGUGGUUCGUGUUUAUUUAUAUCGGAUAUUUGUGUCUAAGGUAUGAAGAGAAUAAUUUCAUAGCUGUUUAUUACAUACUGAAGGUGUGAAAGGAAUCAUUUCAUAGCUGUUUAUUACACACUGAAGAUUAACCAUGUGGUCAGCGAAGAAGUGUUCUGACAACAACGCCAGCACUCCCUCAGCGGAGGAGGAGAUCAAGGUGGUGCUGGUGGGCGACACCCAGUGCGGGAAGACCUCACUCGUCCAGAGGUUCGUCUCUGACACCUUUAUUGAGGCCUACACACCGACAGGCUUCGAAAAAUAUGGCUGUACUUGCGCAGUCGCAGAUUACAGAGUUAAUUUCUCCGUAUGGGACACCUCUGGUACGGCAGCAUACGACACAGUAAGACCGCUCGCCUACCAAGACGCCAGAGUGUUCAUGCUCUGCUUCAACAUAGCCGAACCUGAGACCUUGCACAACGCUGCCGCUAAGUGGUACAGAGAAGUAAGAACUCACGGGGGCUCAGCUCCCGUGCUGCUUUGUGGCUGCAAGGCAGACCUGAGACAUGAGAAGGAGACGCUCACCAUGCUGUCCAAGCUUAGAACACAUCCAGUCACCAGCGAAGAGGCUUUAUCAGUAGCAAGACAGCUGGGAGCGAUGACCUACGUAGAGACUUCAGCCAGAGCUUCCACUAAGGGUGUCAAAGAUGCCUUCGAAGUAGCUGCCUUAGCAGCCCUUGGCAAACUAAACAAGCAGCAGAUGAAACAACAGAAGCAAGUUGGUCGCAGCAAAAGCAAGCGCGACUUGAAAGCUGAGCUCAAAGGACGCGCGAAGAGUUGCUGCGUCAUGUGAUCCGUGGCCGGCCACCCGUCCCGGUGGCCGCACGACUGCUAGGCGACCACCGCCCUUCUUCUUGAACCCAACUGUUCCACACAGGAACCUUACCGGGCCUAUGUAAGCGCCUUGCGGAACACCCGACGUAAAUGUUAACUGACGAGUUCCCCUGUAUAUGGGUGGUAACUAUAUACGACACACAUAUUUAGUGUCACUAUUUAUUAUGUUUAUGUGGAAUGACUAUGUGCAAAGUGAUCAAAUAAUUUUAAUCAUAAGUGUGAUUCGUUUACGAAAGCCUAAUAGAGAACUAUUACUAUUAAUGUACUGUUAAUUUAAAGAGAGCGGAACGAAGUUCUUUGGAUUUUUAGGUGAAGAUAUCAGUAAAAUAAGAAGGUGCAAUGUAAAUUUAGCCCUGAGAGGUGGAGCGUGAGCCUGUGAUAAAGUUAAAAAUAGAAAAUUCGCAAGAAAAUAUAGAAAAGUUUUAGAUUGAAUAAAAAAAACGACAACGCUCAAUUCGGCAUUUUCUUCAUUAACAGUUGUAACAUUAAUGUAUAGCAUCAUGUUAGUUAGGAACAAAUAUUGCGUGUUUUCAUAUACAUUGACAUAUUGACGUAAAUAUAUAAUAACUUGAUGUUUUUCUAUAACAUAGCAUUUUCAUAUGUAUAGAUUGUAAUGGAAGGUAAUGAAGCUCCGUUGUUUUCUGUAGGACCAAUGUUGCUCUUAUUUUUGAUGCAGUAAGUAGCUUGAUUGUUUUGGAGCUACGAGCGAAACAUUUCAUUUGUGAUAUAUAUUAUACGUAAAUAUAAAAAUAAAAUAAUAUGCACAAUGGUGGACAAUACUAAAUUACGGAGGUCCAUAUGCUAGUUAGUUUCACGUCCAAAUUUUGCUAUAGUUGUUAGAUUUUUGUACGUUUACAAUAUAAUGAAAAUAUUAAAUGUUGCUUGCCUGUAGUUCGUGAACCAUUUCGUAAAUUAGGAUCAUUAUUCAUACUGUCAUUGUGGAUAUUAAAUAUCGUUUGUUUACCUUUAUAUAAAACAUUAAUAAAGUAAACAUAAUAUUUUAUGAAGUGACAAAGUCCGAAUUUUAUUUUUCAAAAUUAAAAAACUAAGUAUUUGUAAAGAACGCUCUUGAUUUUGCCAAUGAAUGUUUUUCGGUUUUUUCUUCGGGAAAAUGGAUUCAAAAUUGUGUUCUAUGAAUAAGAAUGGUUGGCUUUUUGUGUUGAAAAUGUCAAAUAAUAAUAAAGGUCGGUAUUGAGUUGAGUAAUUAGGUUUACAAGUCACGUCGUCGAGCCCCAGUGGAGCCACGAUUGCUUUUCGCUCCCUAAUGUCAAGUAAAACUAAAAAUGAAAUUCAUAAAAUUAUUCAUAACACGACUUGUAUUGUAAUUGGUGAAUAAUUUAAAGGAUUUAUAGUAUUUUGCAAUUACGAAUAAGGAAGACAAUUUAACAAAAAAUAAUAUGGAACGAGUGUAAGUUUUUGGCAAAAUCAGGCGUUCUCGAGAAUAAGUACAUUUUAUAGUUAGGUAUCUAAAGAAUUCUUCAUAUAUUGAACAUAUUAAAAAUUAAAUGUUAUUUUGUUAACAUUAUUUUCGAUUGUUUAAAGUAUUGUAAGUCGAUAUCAAGCUUUAAAUUCAAUGUUAGCUUUAAUUAUCAUUAUAUUUAAAUAUUUAAAUUAAAUGUGUAGUUAUUAGUAUAAUUUUCAUUAAAAUCGAUAAUCGGACAUUUUUAUUUUAUCUUUUUUUUUGUUUAUGAACAAAAUGUGUACAUAUCACGUAAGUUUUCUAUCAAUAAGAACUCUGACGUCAUUUUAAAAAAAAAGAAAAUUUAAUUCGAACUAUGAAUUCAAUUUUUAACGAAACAAUCUUUGAUAAUAAGGCUUUUAAGACAUUGUAUUUUAGUACAGAUAAUUUAAUAAAAAAUAUUUUGAAUGAUUGCAGACUUAUUUACGACUACUUUAU